ACAGACAGCCCCGGACCUUAAGGUGGGGGAGGGAAAGGAAGAUUCGUGACGUCCUAUAGUCCUACGUCUCUCUCUGUCUUUCGUCGAAAGUCGUCCACCUGUCUCGCUUUCUUGCCUACUCCCGUAGCACACGUAUAACGAAAUGUCCGCGUACUCGUGAGAAUCGGGUCCGCGCGCGGCCAUCGACGACGAGAACGACGACGUCCCGUGAUCGAGGGAAGCCCGGCUCGGCGGUGGAAACGAUGAUACGCGCUUAUCAGGCGCGCGAGGAUUACGAUAGUUAGCUUAGAUCUUAAAAAUUGUUGUGAAACAAGUCAUACUGUCAUAUAGACAGUAUGAAUAAUAAUCCUUAUCGAGCCAGACCCACCAGGUCUCGAGUGGAUCAUUCGGCUGCAUAUGGAAUGCAUAAUCAAAAUAUGUGGGUGCCCCUGUCAAGGCCUCAAUCGGAGGUUCCAGCGAAUGAUACCACUCAGCAGCAACCUGUCAUGAAUCAAUCAAAACAUGCGAGCAACAUGUGGAAAGAUCCUUGGGAUUGGAAUCUGGAUCAGCAAUCGGAUACCCAACAGCAGCCGCCACAACAACCGCAGCAGCAGCAACAACCCUAUGUACCACCUUAUCAGAAUCAGGGAGGACAAUUGUUAUCUAAUUCUGUACAAAAUCAUUAUUACAAGAGUCUCAAUGGCAACACAUCGGAUGUACUUAAUCAGAACUCGGGUAGAAAUACUCCCAGAUUGGAAUCUACUCGAGCUCAGAGUGGUCCAAGUUACACGGAUUCUUUACCGCCUUAUGCCAACUAUAAUCAAAAUCAACAGUAUCCGUCACGGCAGAAUAUUACGAAUCCUGGUUAUGAGCAUGCUCAAUCGUCGAGCGAGCAGCAGUCGCAGAACGCAGGGCAGCAGAGACUCUUAUCGCAACAGAGUUCUCAGAUGGAUCAGCCACCGCCAGCUUCGCAUAAUAUUUACAAUUGGAGCAAAGAGGACACGUCGCAUUUGCCGGCGCAACAUAAUUGGCAGAACCAUACCGAUAUGCUGGGCAACUGGCAGGAUCAAAAUAUGCCGCAGGAAAUGCAGCAGCACGUGGACAAUAUGGGUAAUCAAGUUACGAAACCACCACCAAUGUAUAACGCGCCACCCGUCGAAGGAUUCAACAAGGAACAUUCCACCAACUGGUCUAAUGGGCAGCAGGGUAUCAACGAAAUGAGUAACAAGUCCAACACCGUGUCGAAUCAAUGGCACAAUCAAAAUAGCGAGGCCUCGAUGUCCCAUCAUCAGUCCGCGCAUCUAGUACCAACGAGUAACGUAGACGAUACCUUUAGUUCUUGGAUGCAAUCGCCGAAUGUCACGACUGCUUCGCAAGAUUGGAGAUAUUCGAACAUUCAAAGUAAAUCCGUGCAUCCAAAUCAAUGGUUGCAACAACAGCAACAGCAGCAGCAGCAGCAGCAGGUAGAUAACAAUUCAUUCAAGGAGAACGUAUCACAGGAUAAUAAUGGUACUAGAUUCGCCGUGAACGAGUGGCAGCAAGUGCAGACGGCGCCGUUCAAUUACGCUCCAGCAGCUAUGAUUAUACCUGCGACUGUAGAAAUUGUACAUACGCCUAACAGUAACGAACAGCAAGAGAUUGAAAAACAGGCGACGGUAACUUUAUCUCACGAGCCUCUUGCAAAACCGAGCGACAUUAAAUCAUCGGUAGACGAUCACAAUCUAAACGUAGUGACCGAUGAUGCGCCGAAAAGUGACAUUUCGAAAAGUGUUAUCGGCGAGAAUGAUGAUCACACUUUCGUUCCUACAGCGACAGACGAAUUAGCCAGCAACUUUGGUCAACUUAAUCUCGGAAACAAACCGGGGAGACACGCAGAUUAUUCGGGUGAAUCGUUAGAGGUGUAUCCGACUUCCGUGGAAGGCAAAGCUCAACACUCCGCUGCUAAUUUUAAUGUCACGAGUAUCCGUAGUAAUCCUAUUCCCGACAAUAUAUCCGUAUUAUCACCGGAUUUUGCGCCAAACAGUAUGGACAAUGCUCAUCCCGUUGACAAUCAGCCAGCAGCUGUCAGUCAAGAUCACCUAAUACCGAAUACAUAUCAAAGUGCUACUAAGGUGACGGAUAGCAUCUCGCAAAGUGGAUACGAUCAGUGGUAUAAUCAGAAUACACUGGAGAAUGCGCAUUGGUAUGCAAAGGAUCAUCAUUCACGUCUGGGUGCCAAACAAUGGAGCAAUGCUCCCGAGCAAAAUGUAGAGAACUACGAAAACAUCCAGCAAACGUCUGACUUCGUGAACGUGGAAGUCGUCGCGCCUACGACGUUGCAGGAACGCGAGAUCUACGGUUCGCGGGAUUCCAUCAACAAGGAGACAUUGGACAACGACCCUAGGCCGAGAACAAGUUCGAAGGAAGGUGCGACGAAUGUGCGGAGUUUCCGGGAGGAGAUGAACAACGUCGAAGUGUUGUCGAUGCAGCAGCAACAGCAGCAGCAGCAAAUACGGCCGCAUCUGCCUUUACAAACGGAACAGAUGCCGGACAACUACGAAUUUGCCUCGAACGACAGGAACACGUUCUUGGAGACUGGCGAGUUGACGGAUUCGCAUCAGGAACAUGAACCUACGCCGCCGAGUCAGGACGACGAGAACGACGAAGUGCCUAACGACAUCCCCUUCUUGCGCGAAGUUCCAGGACAAUCGAGCACCAUAGAUCCACGUAGAAACGAUCCUACGGGUCAAGAGCACCACGUGCAGACGACUGGACAACGUCUCUCCGAUCCCAGGAGGAACGAUCCUUCCGGUCAGGAGCAAAGUAUACAAAUGAGAAAUAUAUCCGACAGAGUAGAGCGUCGCGAUGUUCUUCCAGGUCAGGAGAGAAACGUUCCGCAGUUAUUACGAGGAGAUUCGGAUACAUUAGAACGACGGAACGAUCCUUCAGGCAGGGAGCGUUCUCUCCCGCCUCUUCAACAGUCGCGAAACGAUCCGUCAGGCGAGGAGAGGUAUCAGUCUCAGAUGAUGCUGGAGCCCAGCGAGACCCGCGAGGUUCUCGGCCGAGGCAACGAACCUGAAGAAGUUUCACGGCAGACUCAGGACGCGGCGGAACUCAGACAGAUACCGGGUGGAGCUUCUUCCAACGACGUUGCGCAAUUGAUACCGGACGAUAGGACGACAACGACGACGACGACCACGGCGACCGGUGGUAGAGUGGUAACCGGUUCCCUUCCGGAGAUGAGCCUUCCUCCGACGAUGCCGCAGGAUCCCACGAGCGGCGAUACCCAAAGCAAACGCGAAGAGGCCGUGGGUGCAUCUUUGGAGAGCGAGACUAGCCAGGGUGUUUCCGGCUCGUCGAAUCGUCGAGAUUCCUACGAGGAUGUGGAGGAAGACGAGAACUCUCGCGACAGCCGGGACGAAAGCAGGGAGAGACGACGGGAGGCUAGUCCCGAUCGUCGAAGAUACGUCGAUUAUGACCGGAAGAACGAGUAUGACCGGAAGAAUACGUAUUACGAUCAUGAUCGCGAGUACGAGGACGAUUAUUAUUAUGAUCGUCGGCGGGUAGGCGACAAUGAUCGUCAGUAUAACAUGGGGCCUCGGGAUGAUUUUAAACGACGGGAUGUUCCGUAUCGAGACGAUGAUCGGAAACAUCACAGUCGCGAUGACCUAGAUCGAUACGCUAGAGAGGAUAUGGAUAGGAGGGCCAGGGGAAAGGAGGACUUGGAUGAGAGAGAUGGCAGAAGGAGACCGCAAGAUGAUCGCAGGAGAGAAGAUCCGCGUCGACGGGAUCCGAGAGAUUACGACCCUCGGUAUUCUAGGGAUCCUAGAGAUCCUAGAGAUAAGGAUUAUAUGGAUCGUGAGAGAAGGCGACCACGAAGAUAUGAGGAUUAUGAUUCAUACAGAAGAGACUAUUAUUCUACAGAUGAUUUGUAUGGAAGAAGUUCCAGGCCUUCGAGUAGGUCUUCCUAUAAUGACAAGGAUCGUGAAUAUUUUGCACGUACAAAGGAUCCUUACUACUCAUAUAAUGCGAAUGCAAGAUUUGGUGGAUAUGAUUAUGGUGCUCUUUAUGGAAACAAUUAUUACGCAUAUCUUGAGAAUUUGCGUCAAACGAAUCCUGCCGCUUAUGCCGAGUGGUACCACAAAUAUUACGCCAGCUAUCAAGCACAACAACAACAGCAGCAUAUCGCCAGAGGUGUUGGCAAUUAUCCAGAGGACAGAGCCAGUGUUCAUUCCGGCCGUAGUUCCUGCGAUGAUAGGACUGGUGAUAAACGAACAUUGGUUGAUACAUCGCUUUUGGAGGAUUCAACAAUCGUUUCUGCUCGAUUAACACCGACCAAGUACUCUACAUCUCAUGCAUAUGGUUGCUUCUCAAUUGGAUCUUUGGUGCAUGUUCAGCCAAGUUAUCCAGCCGAUGGCGAGAGGGCUAAGGUGGACAUUUUCCGUGUAGACAGCCUGCUUUCACAUGAUCCUGUCACACGCGAUUUACGAUUAUAUCCAGGACCCCUAGUUAAUGGUGUAACGCACAAGAAAACCAUCAUAGAAUACUGUGAAAAUAAAAUUAAGAAAGCAAUGGUGAAUGAAGAAAUGGUUGAUCGCGCUUCUUAUAUUCUGUUAUAUGAAUUGAUGAUUAUGCUGAUUCAACAAAACGGGAACGUUGUCGGCGUCGACAUUGCCGCGCUUUUACUGCGCAACAAGGACGCUUACCCUCACGAUACGAGCAAACUCAGGUCUCAAGAUGUAAAGCGCAGAGAAUCGCAAGUAUCGCAACGAUCCGGGGCAACGGGUAGCGACGGAAGUACUCAGGAUAUUUCCGCGCUAUCCGAGAAAUCUGAAACUAAACAGCGAAAAACGACGGAGCAAAUAACAGACGAAUUCAGAGACACAUUACUUUAUGGUCGGGUUCAAGAAGCAUUAGAGUUUGCAAUGAACGAAGGACUUUGGGGCCACGCUCUCUUCCUGGCUAGUAAACUGGACAAACGCACUUACGCUUCUGUAAUGACUCGUUUCGCGAAUAGCCUACCACCACAUGAUCCACUGCAGACUUUGUAUCAGCUGCACUCUGGCCGUGUACCUGCUAUAGUCACAUGCGCUGCAGAUCCACGUUGGGAUGAUUGGCGGCCUCACUUGGCUAUGAUUAUCUCCAAUACUUCGUCCAGUCCAGAUAUUAAUCGCCGAUCCAUAACGACCCUUGGAGAUACGUUAUUCGCUAAGGGAGACAUCCACGCUGCACAUUUCUGCUACAUUCUCGCGGAAAUCGAUUUUGGUGCUUACGGAGUUAAUGGAGUUAAGCUCGUGUUAAUUGGCGCGAAUCAGAACAAGCCGUAUACCGAAUUUCUUACAAUGGAGGCUGUCAUGCUGACGGAAAUUUAUGAAUACGCUCGAAAUCUUAGCGAUCCGUGCUUCACAUUAGUGGAUCUUCAAACAUUCAAGUUUGAUCUGAUCGUAAAAAUGGGAUGUGGAUUAAUAGAAAAAGCUUUAUUAUAUAUUGAACAGAUUGCAAUAAAUAUUGCGAACAAUCCGUCGUUAUAUAAGAAAUCUUUUAUCAAAUCGAUUUAUGUGCUGGGUGACCAAAUCAAAUACCACGAUCCGAUCUAUAAGGACACUGUUGAAGAUGUUACGAAUUUAACAUGGCUCAAUAAAUUGGCGGAAAUUGUCGGAAAAUUCCAGGGAGAGGAAAUUUCCGAAGAAAAACCAUACCUAAACGGUUCUCAGGCCGUUGCAGAGAAUCAAGAAGUUCACGAGAUGCAACAGCAACAAUCCUUACCACCAUCGACGGCGCAACAACAAUGGAAUAUUAAACCCGAAUACGCUGAUGGACCUGUAUCGAUGAUGGAAGUUAAUACCAACGAAAUGCAGUCAAACUGGCAGCCCUUAUCUCUGCCUACGAAUAUUCAAGAUACGUACGACCCAAAUACACAAUACAUGAGAAACGUGGAUGAAUCAGCGCAACAUCAACAGUCGCAGCAACAACAGGAUUAUUGGAAUCAACAGUCGUAUUAUCAAGGCAAUUACGGAAGAAACGAAUCUACGCUGUCUAAUUGGCAGCAACAGUCCAUACCAGGCAUCGCUGAUCAAACUGAAAUGAAUAACACGCCGCAACUGGAUAAGUGGAAUUAUGAGACGGAAAGGGAAGACAAAACGCCCACUCCUGAAUCAAGUGUGCAACCGACAAUUUCCAUGACACCGUCGACGGGUAAACAAUACGAUCCGUUGGAGGAAUUGGAUGCACUCGACACACCACAUUCGAAACCCUCGACGGAGACGAAGAAGACGAGCGAGAGCAGAAAAAAAUCCGCCAACAGCGGUGGCUCCUGGUUCGGUGGUUUGUUUAGUAAACUCGCGCCGAAGCCGAAGAAUCAAAUGAUCUUGCCGGACGAUAGAAAUAAAUCGAUUGUAUGGGACUCCGCUGUCAACCAGUGGGUGGAUAAGGACGAGAACGGCGACAGUGGUGUCGCGGCCUUGGUGCCGCCACCGAAGACGUCCGACAUGAGUUUCCGGGGAGCACCGGCGAUGGAGAACCGCGGUGCUCCUUCGCAGCCGCUUUCGCCGAGCGGCGAAGACGCAUCGACGAUGGAUGCCGUUCCGAAAUUGCCCACAGGUAACAGCAACAUGUUCAAACUGCAAAAGGGCAGGAGUAUGCGUGCCAAUUACGUGGACGUGAUGAAUCCCGGCGGGGGUAAACCCAAGACCGCCACGGCGUCGUCCACCCCCAUGACGUCUCCACUGGUACCUAUGGCCACGUCGUCCCCGCAGCUGUUCAUCCCCACGCCAAUUAACGAUUCAACCGCUCCUGUGGAUUUCUUGACCCCGGCAGCGACACCGCCGUCUGGAAACAUCGCAGAGAAUACGCCGCAAGCACUCUCUCGCUGGAGCUCGACCAGCUCAUUAUCGCGAGAGGUGCAGAGCUACACAAUGAGGGAUCCGCGGCUUCUUCAACGGAACAAGGGACCAAUGAUGUUCAACCCGAGUGACAUAAAGGAUCGUUCGGUGAAGAACAUACCAUCUAACAGAUAUCCACCGCGAUAAUCUUUGCUUAUGCAAAUAAUUUGUUAUUUAAAUUAGGAAAUUCUUUUCUUAUUGUCUCACAAUUAUGUUUAAUUAUGAAUAUUUGUUUCUGUAUAGAAAACGUGACAACAACAGUACAUUCUUUAGAGUGAUGCUUAUAUGAUGCAACAGUUUUUUUUCUGCAAAAGUAGAUGUAUAUAUUUAAACAACUUAAUAAUUCAAAAGACGUCAUUCUUACGAUGCCCUGUACAUUUCGUUGUCUAGAUACAUUUUUAUAUUGAAUUUUGUUCCAAUCUUGAUGUUAUAUUUAUCGUGUUGAAUUAGAAAUUGCAAUUAAAAUUAUUUAGAAAAAAAAUACAGUUUCCGUACAAUAGAAGGAUAUACGAUUUUAAUGGUGCAAUAUAAUAGCGGAAAUAAAUAAAAAAACUCGAGUAUGCGUUUUCUGAUUUGUAAAUUAAA